AUGCCAGUCAUUAUAGUGACGUUUGCCAUUCUACCUAUUCUUUUCUCUUUCCUUUUCUUUUACUUCAACAUGAGUACAAUCAACAAUUCUGUCAAUCAGAACCAAAAUUCAUUAGAAUCCAAACAAAAUGAAGCCAGACGACUAGAAAUGGAAUAUGAUGCACUUGUCAACGAAUGUCGCGAUCAAGAGUAUGACAUUGAAUUUGAGAAAAAAAGACAGCAAGAACUUCAAAAGAACCAUCAAUCCCUCUCUUCGAAUCUGACCAAACUUCGCCAACAAUUGGACACACUGCGUUCUCAAGGCACACCAGAAACCUAUUGUGAAUAUCUGAGACAGGAACUCAAAGCCAACCUGGAGUUGGACGAUCAGCUAAAGGCCCAGCUUGAACCACUGACUGAACAACUAGAGUCACUAGAGCAAGAGUGUAAUAACGAUCCCGAAGUAUUAAGACAGAAAGAUGAAAAGAUCCAUGAACUGAAAGCAGAACUUGAACGUGUUCAAAGCAAGCUAAGAAGUUUGCGGCAGUAGGUUGGCAUGGAUAACAAAUUACACGCAUGAAACACAGUCAUAUCAACAAUCGUGUGACACAUAUAGAUAUAGAUAGAUAGAUAUAUAGAUAUAUCUAACUAUAUACUAAAAUCCCAGGAAGUUACACAAUUAAAACUCAACAUACGUCAUGUGAUCUUUACAUGUUUCC